AUGACCUCCACACCAACCUCAAAAACGCAUAUCGCCCAAACACUCCUUUCGCGGGCCCAUUCCCCAGAUACAGCAUCACAGCAGUUCACCGAGCGCAUAAAACAGAAACCACUCUUCCUACGCGCAACCUCUCCAUCGGCCCAAGAUAAUCGAUCUCGACGGCGUCUCGAGCGUCUUCGCAAGAAAGAAUACUUCCUUCGGCACCAACGGCCUAAGCCCUUGUCCGCGCGUCAAAAGCGCUCCUCAGGCCUCUAUGACAUGCCCAAAGAAGAAUGCAAACACUCCAUUUUCAAAGGACUGCAUUCUUUAUGGAUUACAUAUAUGCAGGAGAUCUUGGAUCUCAAGUCUGAUAGGAAAAGUGGACUUGUUACGCCCUCGUCACAUGGAGCAAAGCUUGUCAGCGCAGAUUAUCAUGGUGCGGAGGUGGAGGUUGUAAGAAGUCGGUGUCCGAGCCGAGUCGGGAUGAAAGGGAUUGUGGCUCGGGAUACAAAAUUCACUUUUGACAUUGUCACUGAGAAUGAUGAAGUGAAAACUAUACCUAAAGAACACACUAUUUUUCGCUUUGUGGUUCCAUUUCCUACUAUGGAAUUAGCUGUCACAGAAGAUGAAACCCAGUUACAAGAAAUAGCGACAGCGGUCACUCCAACCCCGUUGGUCUUCGAACUUCAUGGGAGCCAGUUUGAGAAUCGGGCUGUUGAUCGGGCUAAUAAGAAGUUCAAAUGGAGGAACAUCGACUAUGUUUGA